AUGUCAUUAAAAAGUCAAGAAAAUAAACGAAAAAAAGAAAGUGGAGUAAUUAAAACAAGAAAUCCUGAAGGACAAAAAAGUUCCCAUGAACAGAAAAAAAGGAGAACAGUCAAUGAUGAACCAACAGAAGAGUCUGUUCUCUUUGAUGAAUCAAAUGAGGAUGUUUUAAUUAAUUCUAUUGAUAAAUCAGAUUUGAAAGGAGAGACAACAUUACCAGUUUCAAAGAAGAUCAUUGAUACUUCAAAGCAAGAAUUUUUGCAAAGAAUCUCCAAGAAAUUCAAGAACUAUCAAGAAAAAAUUCCAAAGUUGGGUUACUGGGGCAUCUUUGACCUAACGCAGGAAAGUCUCUAUGGGUGUAUAGAGUUCUCCCAAAGUGAAAUCAAUGAAAUCUCUCAAGGUUUUGCCAAUAGUGUUCACUGGUCUCCACAACCAACACCAAAAAACCUUUGUGAAUAUUUUGAUUCUGGCUGUGAUCCUGUUAAACUUGUAGAUUAUGAAGAUAACGAAAAACUACACACAAAUAUUCAAUUUAUAAUAUUUAAUAUGUCUAAGAAGGGAGCCAAGACAGAGGAAGAACUUAAAUUUACCACAAUAUACCCUUUAUUUAAUGCAGUUAUGGACACUUCAUUAGUGAAAGAUAUAUGGGGAGAGACUCAGGCACUUAGUUCGAAAAACUUGAGGAAUGAAAAUGCAAAUCCUUUUAUCAAAGCUCACAUGGGAAGAAAGGUGGAUAUGAGAGGCAUACUCACAAGGACUUCCAAUAAUUUUGAAGCCUUAUAUGGAGAAGUAGCAUAUGGACUAUGUCCACUUGACAUGUCACUUGCUUCACAGAAAAAGAAAUAUUUAGAUAAAGUCAAACUUGCUGUAUUAAUGCGAGACUCUUUGAAUUAUAUUCUCAAAAAAUGGAAAUAUUUACAUGACAAUCAGAGAAAGAAGCUAAUUGUAUAUGGUUGGCUACUUGUAGGGUUGGAAUUAUCUCUAUAUGUGAUGAACUGGGCCGGAGAUGGGAUAUAUCACUUUGGACUAAUAGAAAGUUGUUCUAUUCCAUCAAAUAAAGAAAACUGUGCUUUACUUGAAGGUGCCUUUUGCCUCUUGAAAGAAUUGGAGAGGAAGUUGACUGAAACAGAAAAGCUCAUCCAGGAAUUUCAAACCGAAAAUAUAUGUGGAAAAUGUAGACAAGUAGCUAUUGAAAAUAGUCCAACCCUCAAUCUUAACAGAACUCCUUAA